GCGAAGCCCGCGGCGGAGCUCGAUGGUCAGCAAGGCCUCUGCACGGAGCUAGGGGCCAGCUGCAGUUCGUCACAAUCUCCUUCUUGGCCGUCCUCCAGCUCGCCGCAGUGGCGCCGUGGCCCGCCGGCGUCUCCCUUCACCGCUGCGAGAGAGGCCGAGCGCAGCGACCGCGGCGCGACGUGGUGGCACAAAGAGGCGAAGCAGAGGGAGACUGCGCAGCAGGCGACGGUGCAGGAGGAUGCGCUGGAGGAGGCGCGACCUUCGUCCGCCUUCGACGACUUCCUGGCAGAUGUCGUGGAAUCUUCACUGCGCGGCCUGGGUAAGUUGUUUUCCUCAGGCGAAGACAGACCGCAGGGUCAGACCUGA